AUGUAUUUCAACCAACAAAUCACACCAUCCUCGUGGUUCUGCCAAGCAUCACAGAACAUAACUUUCAGGAGUACAGGAACUGUAAAAGAAGACAAGCAACUUGGGACUCUGAGCACUACCUCCUCGCAUUGCACUCUUACGCUCAUAUGCCUUUUGUCUCUCUGUGUGGUCCCUGCACAGGCAGACUAUUUCACCGAACCACUGAGCUUCGAGCUCGACUGGACGGGUAGCCGAAGCACCGUCCCGGAUCUCAAUUCGACCUAUAUAUUGGGACAGAAAGCGCAAAGUACCUGGGAGGUCCCGACAGCGUCGCACAACUCCCUCAGUCUCGUGCACUGGGGUAAGAAUGUAGGCGUGGCUGUCAGCUCGUUCAUCUAG